AAAAAGCAAGAUUGUAUACUACUAAUUACCUGCCUAACGAUUCCUGAACUAAUCAAGCAUUUGCUUUAAACUGAACACAGAAGAUGCUUUCUUUUAAUGUUUGCUUUCUCCACAACUGCGAAUAAAAUGAGCAAGCUAAGGUGUGCCAGAGGUGAUGCACUGAUGCUGAGGAGGCAUCAACAGCUAUGGGACUGUAGAACCCUCUCAAAUGUAAGCACUGGCAGUGUCUACAGAGAGAUCGUGAGACGCUGAAGCAGAGCUUAGCUGCUGUUAAGCAUGUCAUCUGCUCGCUAACACUCAGAGCGCAGUGUUCCCUAAUCACAAAACAUGAACCAGUCCCGAUGGAUUGAAUGGAGGACUCUGAAUCUGAGCAGUAGUGUCAUGAACAUAUCUGAGCAUCUCUCCUGCCCUCUUGGAUUCGGUCACUACAAUGCAGUUGACAUCUGUAUCCUUGAGACGGUUGUUAUUAUCUUGCUAACUUUUUUAAUUAUUGCGGGUAACUUAACUGUGAUAUUUGUUUUCCACUGUGCUCCACUUCUGCACCAUUAUACCACCAGCUAUUUUAUCCAGACCAUGGCCUACGCUGAUCUUCUUGUUGGAGUUAGCUGCUUGGUUCCUACCUUGUCACUGCUUCACUAUUCAACAGGCGUCCACGAGUCCUUGACCUGUCAAGUUUUCGGAUAUAUCAUCUCUGUGCUAAAAAGCGUGUCUAUGGCGUGUCUUGCUUGCAUCAGUGUGGAUCGCUAUCUCGCUAUAACAAAGCCUCUCUCCUAUAACCAACUGGUCACACCUUGUCGCUUGAGAAUCUGCAUCAUUUUGAUCUGGAUAUACUCUUGUCUGAUCUUCUUGCCUUCCUUUUUUGGUUGGGGAAAACCUGGUUACCAUGGAGAUAUUUUUGAAUGGUGUGCUACCUCCUGGCUAACUAAUGCCUAUUUCACUGGCUUUAUUGUGUGCUUACUGUACGCUCCCGCUGCCUUUGUCAUUUGUUUCACAUAUUUCCACAUCUUUAAAAUCUGCCGGCAGCACACCAAAGAGAUCAAUGAUCGGAGAGCUCGAUUUCCUAGCCACGAAGUGGAUGCUGCUGGGGAGACUGGGCACAGCCCUGACCGCCGCUAUGCCAUGGUGUUGUUUCGGAUAACCAGCGUGUUCUACAUGCUGUGGCUCCCUUAUAUCAUGUACUUUCUGCUGGAGAGCUCUAGGGUGUUGGAAAACCCGGCACUUUCCUUCUUAACAACGUGGCUUGCUAUAAGCAAUAGUUUCUGCAACUGUGUGAUAUAUAGCCUCUCCAACAGUGUCUUCAGGCUGGGACUGCGGAGACUGUCAGAGACAAUAUGUUCAUCUUGUAUGUGUUUAAAAGACAGGGAUGUUCGGGACCCUAAACCAAGGAAACGGGCUAAUUCCUGCUCCAUUUAAAGAGACCUGGUGCGUGUCGUCAAACACGGAGUUUUGAUAGUAUUUGCUGUACCUGGGAACUUACCAGAAGAGGAAUGUUUACGUGAUUAGUGUGCUAUGCUGUUAGAGCUGAGUUUAAAAGUGCUUUUGGAAAAGAGAGAGGCUGCUCUAAGAGGGGUCACUGAACUUUGCAUAUAGCUCUUGUGCGAUUGUGCGGAGAGCUAUUCAACAGAGGUGAAAAAGAAAGUCAGAACUAAAAUCUUCCAAAGGGCAUGUUAUACCUACCGCAUCAAAGGAGGUUCCUCAUAAAAUAAAUCAGUUAGUUACUACCUUAUAUUUUUGCCCUUGUAGAAAAGUUGUCUUACUAUCUUUGUGUCAGAAUAUACUGUAGCCUUCUGAAUUUAAAUAUAUUUAAGAGGCAACAAUCAACUACACAGUAAGUGGCUAUCUGUAAAUUAUAUUCCUGAGGACUUACAGUAGAUGUUGCAGAUUAAUAACCAGCUCUGUCUCUGCUCACAUCUUGUACAAUUUUCAGUUUUACAAACAGCCCGCAACGCAUAAAACCUACACCAGGCAUGAUGCUUUUGGAUAAAAUGGCACAUUCUGGUACAACUUUCACAGACCCUCGCCCUCAUUUCCCCUGUUAUUUAUUUAUUUAUUUAUUUAUUUAUUUAACUAUUUUCCCUCCGUUCUGUGCAUCUCUAAAUUCCAUCAAGUUGCAGUGGUUCAGUUUGAGGACACCUACAAGGUAAAAUGAGUUUCUAAUCACUCUUCCUGGAGAAAGCAAUAGCCUUUCCCGGCCAGCUGAGUAUUUGCAGCUGCCCGUGUACAAUGACUUUUUCAGUCUUUCAUUCUCUCAAUCCUGUUAAAUUAGCACACAGUAUUGAUGUAGUGUCCUUUAGGGUGUAGUAAAGCUUUUUCUUUAUUGGCUACACAGAUAAUCCUAAUGCAAAUAUGAUAAUCGCACACAGCAGUGUGCGAUUCUGCUUAGAAAAUUAAAAAUAAAUAACAGAACCUUUUCUUUGGGAAGUCUGAAUAGCUUACUGUUGUAGCUGUCAAUCCUUUGUGUGAACCUAGCUUGCACAUACUGUAUUAUUUUUUAUCAAAAGUUUUUUUUAGAGAAAAUGUAAAUUGUGGUCUGUGCCUAAUGUUUUCAUAGCACAUGGAAUAGGUCAAUGCUACAGGAUUAAAAAAAACUAUACUCAUUUUAAGAGAAAUACUUCUGUGCAGUUGUUGAAUCAAUGUUUGUUAGACAAGUGCUCUUGGAGAAGGUGAACAAGACAGUUUAGUAUUAAAUACAGGCAAAGAGCUUCAGUAUUUCCUUUUGUAGUGAACUGACUUUCAGGUCCACUGAUUGAAACUUUUUUAUUUUGCAAGGGCGCACGUUAGGUUCGUGUAAUAAACUGCCAGGGGUUCAGAUGCAUGCCAAUCAAUAAAAUAUUUAAAUUAUUAUUUUGAACCAAAUGUAAUUUUCUUAGGUGGUUAUUGGCUUUUAAAGAAGGCCCAAUUAUUGAUUAUUGGUGCCUUUUAACACUGCACUAUUAUUCCUUCUUUCACCAAAAUGCAUAUGUAAAGCCCGUGCCUAUUACUUUUUGUACCAGAAGCUAGCCACAUUUGCACACCUGUGGUUUGACUCUAGAUCUCCCUUAAUUAUGUACUCUGUUUUGCUGAGGUGGUUCUGAACCCCUGUACAUUUUUAAACGUGUAAGAAAGUUGAAACAAUGGAAUAAAGUAGUAUUAUGUAUAUCAAACCCA